AUGGCACGUGUCUACGCCGAUGUGAACCAGCAGAUGCCGCGCGCAUACUGGGACUACGACAGUGUGAACAUCAGCUGGGGAGUACUCGAAAACUACGAAGUUGUCAAGAAGAUUGGUAAGAGUCGGAUGGACAUACGGAUUGAACUACACACCCGAGAACAGCGUGAGACUAACGCUUAGUCGCAAUAGGUCGCGGAAAAUACUCUGAGGUCUUCGAAGGCGUCAACGUGGUUAAUUACCAGAAGUGUGUCAUUAAGGUCCUCAAGCCGGUGAAGAAGAAGAAGAUCAAGCGCGAGAUCAAGAUCCUGCAAAACCUCUCCGGCGGCCCGAACAUCGUCGCGCUUCUCGAUGUGGUGAGAGACAGCCAGUCGAAAACGCCGAGUCUCAUUUUCGAACAUGUCAAUAACACCGACUUUCGGACACUGUACCCCAAGUUCCAAGACUACGACGUGCGGUACUAUAUCUACGAGCUGUUGAAAGCGUUGGACUUCUGUCACAGCAAAGGCAUCAUGCACCGAGAUGUCAAGCCACACAAUGUUAUGAUCGAUCACGAGAACAGAAAGCUCCGCCUUAUCGACUGGGGUCUCGCCGAGUUCUACCAUGCAGGCACGGAGUACAACGUGCGCGUCGCGUGAGUCGUCUCCCAAAAUCGCAUGAAAUGAGCUUCACUGAUGCCCUUGCAGAAGCCGAUACUUCAAAGGACCCGAGCUCCUCGUCGAUUUCCAGGAAUACGACUACAGCUUGGACAUGUGGUCCCUCGGUGCCAUGUUCGCAAGUAUGAUCUUCAGGAAAGAGCCGUUCUUCCAUGGAAACAGCAACAGUGAUCAACUGGUCAAGAUUGCCAAAGUUCUGGGUACGGAAGAUCUCUUCGAUUAUCUGGACAAAUACGACAUUGAGCUCGAUGCGCAAUACGAUGACAUACUAGGCCGGUUCCCCAAGAAGAGUUGGCAUGCCUUCGUAAAUCCGGAGAACCAGCGUUUCGUCAGCAAUGAUGCCAUCGAUUUCCUGGACAAACUUCUCCGCUACGAUCAUCAGGUAUUUGAAUCAAACAAAUCUGGCAUUGCGUGUUCGACUGACCCGUUAUAGGAACGACUCACCGCGCGGGAGGCUAUGGCGCACACGUACUUUGCACCGGUGCGGCAAGCCGAGUAUAACGAAUUACAGAAUGCCAACAGCACCCAUCAGUGA